CAAAGAGUUGAUGUCCACUUUAUAAACACAAAGACUUCUCUUCGUCUUCCAUUGACAUCUCUUCAUCUUCUUCUUCUACUCAUGCAUUUGUGAGAAAACAGAUUCAGCAGUUUAAACGUUCAAAAUAAAAGGUUAUAGAAAAUUUCUUGAUGGACCAAGAAACAAAAGUUAGUUCUGAGGUUCCUGUAGUGAAAGGUGCACCUGAGGAUCUAAAGACGGUCGAUGUUUCUGUUAAGGAGGUGAACAGAGAAAUCACAAAGGAAGAUAAAGCUAUGGAGCAAGAAGAAGAGGAUACUACAUUUGAUGGUGGAUUCGUUAAAGUUGAGAAAGAAGGAACUAACACUAAGGGUGAUGAGAAAGCAGAGAAGCAAGUUCCACUCACUAUAAGCUCAAGCAGUUCACAGAGAGAACUAGAGAAGAAGGAGAAAGCUUCUGAGUCUCGUUUGGAACCAGAGCCAUUGCCUCUUAAAGUCUCUGAACAAGAAAGCAUUAAUCUAAAGCUAAGGGAAGAACUCAAAGAGAAGGAGUUGCUCGUUGCCUUAUCAAAAGACCAAGAAGGAAAAAUCAGAACUGCUAAUGAGAAGUUGACCAAAGUGUUGCAAGAGAAAGAGAUUCUUGAAACAUCUGUAGCAGAGAUCACUAUUAUUGCAACUAAAAGAAAAGAGAUCUGCGAUGAAAUUGAAGAGAAACUGAAAAUUUCAGAUGAAAAGUUCUCCAAAACAAAUGCUCUUCUAUCUCAAGCUUUGUCCAACAACUCUGAUCUUGAACAGAAGUUGAAAGCUAUGGAAGCAUUAUCUUCUGAAGUUUCUCAACUAAAAUCUGCUUUGAUAGUGGCUGAAGAGGAGGAGAAAGAUUCAUCUAGAAAGAUGCAGGAGUACCAAGAGAAGGUGACUAAACUUGAAUCAUCUCUGAACCAAUCAUCAGCGAGAGUUGCGGAGCUUGAAGAAGACCUGAGGACAGCUUUGCAGAAAGGUGCAGAGCAUGAAGAUCUUGGAAAAGUGAGUACUCAGCGCUGCCUUGAGGUACAAGGUUUGCUUCAAACAUCAAAGUCAAAGCUAGAAGAAAAACUAAAAGACCUGGAAGCAGUCCAAGUGAAAAACUCUAGCCUUGAAGCUGCUCUAAGUGUAGCAAUGGGAGAGAAGAAAGCGUUGGAGGAAACAGUGAAUGGGUAUAAAGUGAAAACAACUGAGUCUGAAGAGAGACUUGAGAAGCAAGCAAAGGAAAUAGAAGAAGCUAAAACAAGAAGCAGAGAGAUUGAAGCUUUGCAAAAGCACUCAGAGCUUAGUAUCCAAAAGGCAAUGGAGGAACUCAGUACCAGAGACACAGAAGUGAAAGAUCUCAAGGAGAGAGUAAGAUUGUAUGAAGAGAAGUUGGCUGAAGCAUCUACUCACUCGUUUUCUUUGAAAGAAGAUCUUGAUCGGUCUUCCUUGGAGAACGAGCUACUAGCAGAUACAAACAACCAGCUCAAGAUCAAGAUUCAAGAGUCUCUGUCUAAGCUAAAGACUUUUGAAGAUACAAUCAAAGAGCUUGAGAAAGAAAAUGGAUCAUUGGCUGAGGUGAACUUAAAGCUGAACCAGGAACUAGCCAAUCAUGGGUCAGAGACCAGUGACUUUCAGACAAUGUUCACUGCUUUAGAAGCUGAGAAAGACCAGACAGCAAAAGAGCUUCAUGCUUCAAAGGCGGCUAUAAAAGAAUUAAGAAACAAGCUUGCUUCUGAAAGAGAAAGAUUACGAUCAAAGAUGGAUUCUCUUGCAGAAGAGAAUAACCAAGUCAAUGAGAUAUAUCAAAGCACAAAGAGUGAGCUUGUGAAGCUUCAAGAACAACUCGAAGUAGAGAAGUCUAAAGUUGAUGCUAUGGUAUCUGAAAUCAAGAAGCUUAGUGCUUUGGCUGCUGAGAAGUCAGUGUUGGAGACUAACUUUGGAGAAGUAGAAAAACAAUUGAAAAUUUGUGAAGCUAAGUUGAAAGAAAAGGUUGAAAAGGUUGACGAACUGACCUCGAAAUUGCAUGAACAUGAAGUUAAGACGAGUGACAGAGACUUGGAGGACAAGAAAGCAACUCAGCUGUAUAAAGCGCUUCAAGCAUCUCACACAGUCAUCUCUAAGGAGAAAGAAGCAGUUUCUCAGAAGCAUUCGGAGUUGGAAGCUACUCUAAAGAAAUCACAAGAAGAGCUUGAAGCUAAGACAAGUAAGAUCGUUCACCUAGAAUCAUUGGCCAAAGAUCUUGAACAGAAAGUGCAGCUUGCUGAUGCUAAGUCUAAGGAAACUGAGACUAUGGGAAAAGGAGAAGUACAAGUUAAAUCUCGAGGCAUUAAUUUAUCAGGAAACGUUACAACAACUAAGAAAGCUGAAACGUCUCAUCUCAUGACAUUGAAGAUCGUUCUUGGAGUGGCUAUCUUGUCUGUCAUUAUAGGUAUCGUUCUUGGGAAAAACUAUUGAAGUUCUUCAAUGGUGUGAUUGUCUUUUACCGUUCUUUUCUAUUUGUUUGGCCAAGCAAGACCAAAUGUUGUGUUAUAACACAAGAAUCUGAUCGACUGUUUAGAUGGUUCAUCUACAUUCUUAGAAAAACCAUUCAAGUGUGUGCUAACAGCAAUGAAAAUAAAUUUACUUUGAAUA